AGCGGGAAAUCGUGAGGGAGAAUUUGGGGAGGAAGCCAAGCUGGGUGGAGCGCAGGUGGUCAUGGAGGGGCAUGGAGCGCAGGUGGUCAAGGUACCUCGCACAUACAUUUUCUUCAUGCUGAUGGCCGAGAUAUAUGGCACCCGAGAGUUUGUUAAGUUUGCAAAGAUUAAGGCCACCAAGCAGUCAAAGGGAUAUGUUUUCAUACAAUACUCAUGCCAAGAAGAUGCCAUGCUGUGAAGCACAUGGACAGGAAGGUUCAUCUAUGUGGAGAUUGCAAAGCCUAGUUUCUCCAGAUCUGAUGCUUCACCUCCAGCCCCCCUCUGAAGCAAAGCUAAUGGUCAUAGGCAUGAGAAGUGAAAGAUUGUCUUCUGAUAUGCACUGUGCUGCAAAUUUGUUCGAUAUUCAUCUGAAUCAUGAGUAUCAUUUUCUGCUUCGAAAUGGUUUCUGUAGUAAGUGCUUCAGUAGUGAACUUUCUGGUUCAUCUCAAACCUUUGUUGUUCCGUGAAUUUUAUUUGUGGCUUCAAGAAUCUGUAAAAUU